AUGUCAUCCACCACGACUACGACCCCAAUGACCUUCUACGACAUCGCCCUGGCACCCCCUGCCCAAAAGUCCGCCUGCUCCCCAAAUCCUUGGAAAAUCCGAUUCGCCCUGAACUUCAAAAACACACCCUACAAAACAACAUGGGUACCCCUACCAGAGGUUAGCGCCGUCCGGAGCGCUCUCAACAUCCCCGCCUCACGCACAUUCGCCGACGGAUCCCCCUACCACACCCUCCCCAUUCUCUCCGACCCAACGACCGGACGCAUAGUGGGCGACUCCUUUGAAAUUGCGACAUACUUGCAGGAACAAUACCCGUCGUCGGGCGCGGGAGACUUGUUCCCGGUGCAGGAGCUGGAAUUCGUCUUUGGGCGGGACUUGGGACUCUACGCGCCAGUUGCGGAGGCACAAGUCUCCGACGGGCUUGCGGCGGCGUACGUGAAGUUCAAUACGCAUGUGGACUCCUUGUUUAGUGCACAUAUGCGCCUGAUGGUACAUGGAUUUCCUUUCGAUCCUGCUGUUGCGGAGGAGUGUAAGGCGACGUUCUCGAAGAGAAUAGGUGUGCCGUGGGAUAGUUUGGCGGUUAGUGGGGAGGAGAGGGAGGAGUUGUUGAAGGCGUUUGAAGAGACCCUAGGUGGACUUGCAAAGUUGUAUACGAGGGAUCCGACCGGGCCGUUUAUGAUGGGGAGUAAAGCAAGCUAUUCGGAUUUCAUUGUUGGAGGGUGGUUGCGCAUGAGUCGGGUUAUGUUGCCAGGGGAGGAAUGGGAAGCGUUGAAAGGGUGGCAUAACGGUGUGUUUGGAAGGUUACAUGAGGCGCUGGAGGCUUUUGCACAUAUGGACUAG